AUGAAGCCCACUCUUCUCCUCCUCGGCCUUGCUGCCGAAGCCCUCGCAGUUGUUCUUCCAGAAGGUGGCGACCAUGAAGUCACUCGAACCUUUGAACUCCCACCUUUCACUGAUGGGCAUCCAUGGCCAACCAAACGACCAACCAACACACACUCGCAUCCUCACCCAACUCGGACCAAUAGGCCUACUCGCACACGCACUGGUAGGCCAUGGCCCACACGCGGUGUAGACGAACGUGAUGUCGUUGAGGAUAUCGUUGAACGUGACGAUCUCUCCGGAGACGCGCCCGAUCCCGACAAGGUGCACAUUGUCAGCGUUAACUAUGGCGGUACCGGAUGUCCACAAGGAAGUGCUCGCACCGUCAUCUCGGAUGAUCGUGAAACCAUCACCGUCAUUUUCGACAAAUACGUCGCUGCCAUCGGCCCCAAUGUUUCACUCGAUGAAAGCCGCAAGAACUGCCAGCUCAACCUUAAACUCCAGUACCCUGGUGGCUACCAGUACUCCGUGCUAGGCGUUGACUACCGCGGAUAUGCCCGUUUGGAUCGUGGUAUUGACGGUCUCCAGAAGAGCAACUAUUACUACUCUGGCGAGACCAACGAUUUCGCUUUAAGCACCCAUUUCAGCGGCCCAACUGAGGGUGACUAUGUCCUUCAUGAUGACAGUGACCAAGCCUCUCGCAACUGGUCUCCUUGCGGCAGUACCCGAGCUCUUAACAUCAACUCCCAGGUCCGCCUCACCAGCCGCGACAAGAACGCAUCGGGUGUUCUCACCAAUGACUCGAUCGAUGCCGAUUUCCGACAGAUCUUCCACAUCAAAUGGCGAAAGUGCUAGAUGGGGCGAUCGAAAUCAUCUCCUGAUGAUUAUAGUUCUCCCGCACAUCAAUCCCUCGGUAUAUUCGUGGCCGUUUAAUGGAAAACCCCGCGAGCAGGCCUAUUGCUGGAGCUCUGCACUCCUUCUGCGAAAUCAGGUGUCGGGAGCUCUUUCAUCAGGAACGACCCUUAGUUAAAGAUUACCUGUCAUUCCUGGAUGCACAUAGUUGAUUGAUAUUAACCAGUCUACUCUCCCUCUUCCUCUACUUUGGAAGACAGGAGAGGGAGGAGGCGAGCAGAUGCUUAACACUUGUUCACUCCUGCUUUCUCCGCUUUUGUUGUAUAUAUUUCUCCCGCCCCCAAUGAUAUAAAGUUUUACG